AUGAGCCGACGUGUCCCGAUAGAGUCACAGGCUGUUGACGCACCGCUGACAUGCUCAGCAACGUUUCUUGUGCUCUCAAUCACGGACUCUCCGGGUGCUGUCGACACGAUUAAAUCCACGCUGGCGGGGAUUGACGGUCUGGCCAAGAAUGUAGCUAUACGGGACCUUAAUGCAUCCUUUGCUUGCACGACUGGCAUAGGCAGCGAUGCCUGGGAUCGCGUCACUGGACUUCCCAGACCAUCGGAGCUGCAUAAGUUUCGAGAGGUGAAAGGAAAGCAGCAUAUAGCGGUGUCAACGCCAGGAGACUUACUGUUCCAUAUUCGUGCCGAGAGGAGAGAUUUGUGCUUUGAAUUUGAGCGACAGUUGAUGGAGCAAUUGGGCGAUGCCGUGAAGAUGGUAGACGAGACCGUUGGCUUCCGCUACUUCGAUGUGAGAGAUCUUCUCGGCUUCGUUGAUGGCACAGCCAAUCCAGUCGGACAAGCAGUGCCGAACUCGGUCGUCAUUGCAGGGGAGGACGCCAACGCCAUUGGGGGCAGCUAUAUCGUCGUCCAGAAAUACCUCCACGAUAUCAAAGGCUGGAAAAAUCUUCCAGUCGAGAAGCAAGAAGCCAUUAUUGGCCGGACAAAGCUGGAGAACGUUGAGCUAGACGAUGCUCCCGAUGAUCAACAGAAGGCGCACAAGACGCUUGCCACCAUCGAGGAUGAGCAAGGCAAUGAGCACGACAUCUUGCGAGAUAACAUGCCAUUUGGAAAUCCUGCGAAAGGAGAGUUCGGCACGUACUUCAUCGGGUACUCGCGCAAGCUCUGGGUGACAGAGAAGAUGCUGGAGCGCAUGUUCAUUGGUGAUCCGCCGGGUUUGCAUGACAGAAUCCUGGAUUAUUCGACUGCAGUGACCGGCACGACGUUCUUUGCACCCUCUGCGAGUAUUCUUGCGAAUCUGGAUCCGAGUUAA